UUUAAUAACUUUAAAAAAUAAAAUCAAAAUAAGGAGAAUAACUUGCACCACCGUGAAAAAACUCGAUUUAAUUUCCGUCCAGGAUCAGGUGUGAUUGCAGAAAUUGAACUUUCAUCGUUCGGUCUGAAACUGGUGGUGUAUAAAUUUCAGUUCCUGCCUGAAUUUUCCCCUCAUUUAAAAUCUGGACGUUUAAGUAAAGGAGCUGAAAUUCAUCCUCGGGGUUUUUUCAUCUAUUUCGUGUGAAAUCCGAUCUGAGCGAAAAUUUCAGUUAAAAUAAGAAUUAAAACACUAAACUGGGACCCAUUUUUAUAUACAGACAUAUAUAUAUAUUUUUUUUAAAAAAUUCUAACCAUUUUACUCUGAAACCCUUAGAAAAACCUAGAAACCUAGAAAAACCUGAAGGUUUAUUGUUUAAACUCUUCUUAAGCCUGACUCAUGAACAAGCUGGGCAGCGUCAUCUGUUUUCAGAGUUUUAACUAAGAACUUAUUAGAAUAAAACCAAACAAUCUGCGCAUUCUGUUCUGAAUGAGCGGUUCGGUUCUGGGUGUCCCACUAAAGCCGCUCCUGUCAGUCAAAUCAGACCCAAUCGCUCAUCUCCCAAUCAGAGAGCUUCUGGACGUUUUUACUAGACUUUUCGGGCCAAUCCCGGCCGGCCUCUCACGUCGCUCUCCUCACACGGAGGGGAGGAGGAGCUUCCUUAUUUGGCUUUUAUUGCCUUAUAUGGUGCGCCGGCAGGGGAGGUCUCCUGUCUGACACUUUCCCCCAACUGGAGCUUUGACUCUGGUAGACAGGACACCCAGUCUGAGGGCGACCCGGCGAGCAGCGCUGCUGUUUGGAUCUGUUGUUCGGUUUGGUUCUCCUCAGCGGACCGUCAUCCUGAAUUCUCGGAGGAAAUCCCGUCUGUCUGUGGUAAAGAAAAAACUUGUGCGCAAACUGAAAUCGUUUUCCAGUUCGCUCCGCUGCGCGCAGGACUGAGAGGGUCCAGGAAUCCCCGCUCCUCUCUUCUCCUCUCUUCUGGACUCGUACUCUGUGCCGCUGGGACGAAACGAAUCCUGCUCUGAAACACGUGGUCAGAAUUAGUUUAAAUUUGUGUUUGAAGAAUCGAUAGCACCCGAACAGAAUCGAGCCGGAGGGUGUGAGCUGCGGGAUAAUUGCCGCCUGCGCAGUUUGUGCAGCUUUCUCCCAGUUGAGGAUAAAAACACCCGACAGGAUUCCUGACAGUGUUUUCACUCUGACAGCCAAGCUGCUCACUUGUUGGACUGACUUUCCCGAGAGGUUCCGCUCUGAAGAACAACGUGUUUAUGGAUCGCUGCGCAGAGAGGAACUCCGGGAGUUGUUGGCUCUGCAGUUCGACAUCGAUCAUGUUGAUUCCCCGCGGUUGCUUUGUACUAUAAUAGAUGUUUACACAAAGCAUUAAGUCGUAUUUUAAAAGUGACUCUGUUCAGCUCAGACCAGCUCGCAUUGACCCCUGAGGACAGAGGGAAGCGCCUUUUCGCCCUUCCUGUUUUCUGUUUUCCUUCAAGACGUCAGGACGGAUCUCUACCGCGCACUCCGACUUCUUCUGUGAUUUAAACAGAGGCAAAGUGUUUGGGGAUAGCAUGGCAAUGGUAGUAAACCAGUGGCCAGAGAACAUUUCUGCAGAUCCGGGCUCCCAGCUGCAGAUGUGCGGCCAGGAGCCCGGCGGGGGACCGGGGACUCCUAACGGUUCCACACCGGGGAACGACGCGCUUUCCGGGGAUAAGCUCCCCAACGUGGACUGCAUGGUGUGCGGGGACAAGUCCAGCGGGAAGCACUACGGCCAGUUCACCUGCGAGGGAUGCAAAAGCUUCUUUAAGCGCUCGGUGAGGCGGAACCUGACGUACACAUGCCGGGGGAACCGGGACUGUCCCAUCGACCAGCACCACCGGAACCAGUGCCAGUACUGCCGGCUCAAGAAGUGUCUCAAAGUCGGCAUGAGGAGAGAAGCUGUACAGAGAGGACGCACAUCGAACUCCCAGAGCAGCCCGGGUCAGUACCUGACCAACGGUUCCGACCCGUACAACAGCCAGCCUUACCUGUCGGGCUUCAUCUCCCUGCUGCUGCGCGCCGAGCCCUACCCCACGUCCCGCUACGGGGCCCAGUGCAUGCAGGGAAACAACCUGAUGGGCAUCGAGAACAUCUGCGAGCUGGCGGCUCGGCUGCUGUUCAGCGCCGUGGAGUGGGCCAAGAACAUCCCCUUCUUCCCCGACCUGCAGCUCAUGGAUCAGGUGGCGCUGCUGCGCAUGUCGUGGAGCGAGCUCUUCGUCCUGAACGCCGCCCAGUGCUCCAUGCCGCUCCAUGUGGCGCCCCUGUUGGCGGCCGCCGGCCUCCACGCCUCGCCCAUGUCCGCCGAGCGCGUCGUGGCCUUCAUGGACCACAUCCGCGUCUUCCAGGAGCAGGUGGAGAAGCUGAAGGCCCUGCAGGUCGACACGGCCGAAUACUCCUGCCUCAAGUCCAUCGUGCUCUUCACAUCAGAUGCCAUGGGGUUGUCUGAUGUUGCCCAUGUGGAGAGCAUCCAGGAGAAGUCCCAGUGUGCUCUGGAGGAAUAUGUGAGGAACCAGUAUCCCAGCCAGCCGAACCGAUUCGGCCGCCUGCUCCUCCGCCUGCCCUCCCUGCGUAUCGUCUCCUCGCCGGUCAUCGAGCAGCUGUUUUUCGUGCGACUGGUGGGCAAGACGCCCAUUGAGACAUUGCUUCGAGAUAUGCUGCUCUCUGGCUCCAGCUACAACUGGCCCUACAUGCCCACAGUGCAGCGCGAGCGGCCACUUUCCCUCCACUACAAUGAGAACGGACCCUGAGGCUGAGCAACAGAGGAGAAGCUCAUCCUUCUUUCCUUCCCUUCCUUGUCCGCAGUCCACUUUUCAGCUUUCCCCGAGGAAGCAUCUUCCUCACCAUUCCACCCUCGAGACUCUUGAAACGUUACCAUCCCGGUUACACAAGCCAGCCAAUCGUUCGUCAUUGCCGAUACAGAGACUCAAUGGCCUCUCAAAGUCCCCGAGCUGAUAGUGUGCAGUCUUUCAUUUUGAGACGUGGCAUGAGCUGGACAAGUUGCUGCACAGUUCACCAGCAGGUCUGAUGGACUCACUUCAGAUGUCAGUUAUAAAACUGUGCAAACGUUUGCCUAAUUCUUGGUGCUAUGCCUGCAUUUACAGAGCAUGGCUGAGCCUGAGCAGGGACUAUGCCAUUCGAACUCUGCAGCCAAGAGCGCGAGGUCUGAGUGUGUAUUUACUAAAUUUUGAAAAGCAAACCAGAAGCCAUUAAAAGAAGACAAAUGCCAAAAUGUCUUGAACUUUUGCAGAUGACGUUAUAUUGUGUGUUGUUUUAGCACUGUUUGUAUGGAGAGAUAACUCAUGAUUGUGUCCAUAUGUAUAGUAUAUCAUUGAUUCAUUGGCAUCUAAGGCAUCUUUGGGUUCACUGAAUUAAAAAGCUCAGGUUUCUAGGGGUGUGUGGGGGGUCAGACUAGCAGACAUGUCAGUAUUGGGUUCUGGUUGUUCUGCUCCAUUGUCACUUUGACCAUUUGCAGUUUUGAUCACGUCGUACCCAGAUUUUCAUUGAGAAGAAAGGAAGUUGUCUUCCACCGGCCUCUUCAUGUGUGGGUUUAGGUCUUUUGGUGCACACUUUGACCGUCAUAUAUUUAAAGUAAUAUUCUAUAUCUUGGAGUUAUGUGACUCCAAUGAAUAUUUUCCAUUAAGAAGUUGCAGAUGGUUUAUUUGGUUUGGUUAGAUGAUAUAUUCUUUCGAAUGUUUUCAAAACCAUUUCUGAAAGUUUCAGAAAAUGAAAACGUCAUUAUUAAAUUCAGGGGUAUUAUGAGAUCAUGUCCCAAGAUAUCUCGUAAUAUUGAUGAUUUUUUUUAUAUUUCAAAUCCUGUCAGGUUGCAGUCAGGAGGGGUUUAUAUGAAAAGAUAUGCAUGGUGGCAUUCCUGCUACCACGCAUAUUGACUUGUUUUGUUUUGAUUUGUUUGAAAUAUUGUAAAUGGAGACAGAAGAAACAAGCUUGACCCACAGGUUCUUCGAUGAAGUACUGAGAAACUAUUGGUGACAUUGGAUUGCAAUUUGCAGCUUACAGGUCACCAUUUUUAAGUGAUAUACAUUGCAUUCGACCGUCUUUAGUUAAAAAUCUGAAAUACUUACAACCUGGAUAAUCCUACCCUGAACAGUCUUUAAACACAGGCACUGAAUUAUUUUAACCAUAGCAGUUCUUUAAAAUCCAUUUGUCGUUCUCAAAACUUUUACUAUAGUUUUAACUCACAAAAAAGGAGCAAUUCUACUACUAUUCUUCAUCAUGACCACCUUCAAUUGGUUCCUGCAUGAAAAGUCAAACAUGAACAACUUGUUUUAACCCAGUUUUCUCAUAAAUGUUGGUUAAAAUCUCAUCACAGAAUGUUCCUGUAAUCUAAAUACCAAGUAUUGCCUCAGUGUUUGGGUAGUUUUGCCCAUUUACAGUGUUAUUUACCUGCAUUGAGUUUCUUGCCAUGGUAAGAAAAACUAAUAUUUUAUCAUCAUCUUUUGGUGCAUCUGAUUCACAGUUUGAUAACCAAGAUUGCCAGGGAUUUUUUGGACAUGACAACAAAAUGAUGCACCAUUUCUAAGAUAGUCACAUAUAGAACAUAGAUGUGCCACUUUUCCAAAAUUUAAGCAUUCAUUUGGAAACUUUAAUCUCAUUUUAAACUUUGCAGAUUUUCUGUCAGCAUUGAUGUUUCUCUCACCUGGCCUGGUGAAUACUUGGAGUGGCUCCAACUGACUGCAACCUGACCAAUGUUUUGAUUAAUUCAGCUGUUAAAUCUUUGGCCCACUCAUAAAAGUAUCCACAUUUUAUCCUCGAAUAUGGAAAUAUGCACUGAACGCUGUGAUUUCUACACAAACAUUUGCACCAAAAGCUACAACAAAUCUAUUUUUAUGUAAGCUUUUUUUUUUUUACAAACUGAACUCCCAUAAGGAACAGGAAAAAUAUGCAAAAGUAACUGACUGAGUGAUAAAUAGAAGUAGGCAUGGAUGAAUAGGGAAACCCUAGGAGCGGAUUGGCAUCAGGGAGUCAGCAGAACAGCCAGAGCCCUCAGCAUUAGCACAAGAACAAAAACACAAACCCAACAAGUUUUACACUUGGGAGCAACCUGUGCCAAAGCAGACAUACAUUUAGUUUGGAAUAAAUUUAUGUCAGUUAAAAAAGCAAGUGUAACUUUUUGGUUUGUCUUUAAUUUGACUAUAAUUGUUUGGAUUCUGAGGUUAAGCGAAUCAUUUUAUAAAAUAAAAUAAAAAUAAACAACAUAAAUUAAAGCUUUGGCACUUGCAUUGAGAUCUUGUCAGACUUGACACUUAUUCACACUUGUUAAAUCUCAGCACUGGUGGAAUAUUUCUGCCCUGUACCCAUUUGAUGAAAAUACGUAUUUACUUUUUUAAACCAUUCACUAGAACUCCCUCACUGAUGCUGCCACAGGAGGCAGCCACACCACUGAACAUCAUAGAUGUGUGUUUUUCUUUUUUUGUAAUGAUUGUCAGUAUUGGACCUUUUAGACUUUAGGCAGGAAGUGAGUGUCUGGGGGGCAAUUUACAGAAUUAGCUGUACUUGCCUUAGAACAAAGAUUUGUCACUGAGCAUUUAUCUUAUGACUGUGCCAUAAUCUCUUGUUACCUGUUAUAACAGGUAUUAUGUUCUGUCAGGAGUGGAAAGAAGCUCACAUGAUGCUGAAAUGGAACGUGCAUUUUCAAAAAAGACAUGUAUAUGUGGAUUAUCUUUAUGCAAUAAUUAGACAUUAAAAAAAGAACUACUCACGAUAGAAUUUUUUUGCUUCGACAUCAACAGCACUUUUAAUUUUUUGACAUCAUGCAAGUUAUUUUUCCACUUCCGGGUGAUAUUGUUGUGUAGGGAAAAGCCCCUAAACUCAUGUCAUUUGAGCUUAUCAUGUGGAGUAAUGUAUCACUAACCUCUGAAAACCUCAGUCUAUGUUGCAACACUAUCCCUGUGGGACUUAGGACUGUGUUUAAUGUAGGAAUACUUUAAGUUUUUAUUAUUUUUCCUUUGUCCUUUUGUUGGAAAAACUUUGUUUAUGUCACAUUUCCAACACGACACCGUAGUAUCGACGACAAGCAUCAGUAUUGGAAAAGCCAUCAGGGACCUGAGAAAGUUGUGUUGGUAAAUAAAUCCACAGAAAGUUUCUAAGAGUUUGUUUUUAUCCCUUUUUGCUUUUGUUUUGAAAUAUUGAUUAUCCAAUAAUUGAAAUAAAGUUUUGUUCACACUAA